GCUUCAUAUUAAUCUCCACUGUCCCACCACAGAGCCACAUCCUCCUGUUUAUUCCACUCUACGGGACGUCAGCGACAGAAUCUAACCGGAAUAUAGCUGCCAACAAUGGGAUUGAAUUUCUUUCUAUUGAAUUUUGGAUUAUAUAUGGACUUGUAGGAUUAGGUUUUUGGACCAUGACUUCAGUGUUUGAUAGAUUUGAGUGUAAUAUGUUGUCUGGGACAUUAUGAAAAAGGGCCAGAAGAAGCAGAGAGAUUGUGGCUGUGUGCACCUCUCCCGAAAACUCCUUGGUAAAUGUGGAUGCUGUUUUGAAACAAUGACAGAAUCGUACUCUGUUGCGGGCAGUGAUGGUAGUAUGACCCCCUCCGCUCCUCAGCAGACCUCGGGCAGCUCCAGUCCCUGCUCUCAGUCUCUCUCUGGGGGCACACGCAGCCCUGUCAACACCCUGAAGAAGUGGCUCUCUAAUCCCAUCCGAAAGCUCAGCACAGAGGGCCGGGCCGGGAACCUGGUUAAACAGACAAGCCUGAAAGAAGAGGAGAAGACGCCAAAACAAAAACAUAACCAGUCAGUCAUCAUGCCAUCUGGCGACAUGAUGUUUAAAGACGGUUCAUUGAGUCCUGCCUCUCCUUCUCCCACACAAACACCAGGUCAAAACUACUUCAGCGACAUCCUGCAGGGAACAGCCACAGACAGCCCAGGCCACACCAGCCUCUCCGCGUUGCCAGGUGAAAACAACAGCUCGGAGAAUGACGAUAUUUCAAACCAGUGUUCCUCUCCGGCAGAUACAGAGGAGGCCCGAGCAGCAGCGUAUGAGAAAAGCCUAUAUGUGCUGACGGAACUGAUUGAGACCGAAAGAUUAUAUGUGGAAGAUUUGGGACUCAUUGUCGAGGGCUACAUGACAGCUAUGACAAACCAGGGCAUUCCUGAAGAAAUGAAGGGAAAAGACAGAAUCAUCUUUGGAAACAUCCACCAGAUUUACGAUUGGCACAAAGAUUACUUCCUGGGAGAGUUGGAGAAGUGUGUGUCUGAACCCGAUUCUUUGGCGCAGCUCUUCAUUAAACAUGAGAGACGUCUCCACAUGUACGUUGUCUACUGUCAAAACAAACCCAAGUCUGAAUACAUUGUCUCAGAGUUUAUCGAGACCUUCUUUGAGGAUUUAAGGCAGCAGCUUGGUCACAGGCUGCAGUUGAACGACCUCCUCAUCAAACCUGUUCAGAGGAUUAUGAAAUAUCAACUAUUGCUCAAGGAUUUUCUGAAAUACUACAGCAAAGCAGGAAGAAAUGUUGAGCAGCUACAGAGAGCUGUGGAGGUGACGUGUUUCGUCCCCAAACGCUGUAAUGACAUGAUGAACGUGGGUCGGCUGCAGGGGUUUGAGGGUAAGAUCACAGCUCAGGGUAAACUCCUCCAGCAGGACACGUUCUCAGUGACGGAGGAACUGGAGGGGGCUGUCCUGAACCGGAGCAGAGAGAGGAGGGUGUUUCUGUUUGAGCAACUUGUCAUCUUCAGCGAACCCAUCGACAAGAAAAAGGGUCUGUCUCUGACCGGGUACACAUUCAAGAACAGUAUCAAGGUGAGCUGUUUGGGUGUGGAGCAUCUGUCAGACGAGGACCCCUGCUGUUUGGUGCUGACAUCGCGCGGCACAAAUGGCUCAGUGACGCGGUUCAUCAUGGCUGCUCCGUCCGCAGAGGUGCAGAGGGCCUGGAGAAAUGACGUUGUGCAGAUAUUGGAAACACAGAGGAACUUUCUCAAUGCACUGCAGUCCCCGAUAGAGUACCAGCGUCGUGAGGGGAAGUCAUGCAGUUUGGGGCGGAGUUCGAAGCCUCAGACGGCCUCAGCCUCAGAGCUCAGACCUCACUCUUCCGGCUCUAUGGAGCGCCACCAGAGCCUCCUGUUCUACAACACCUCUCUUCCCACUCUGCAUCCACAACAGCACUGCCCUGCCAAUAAAACAAUUUCGACCCCCUGUGAAGCCCAUCGGUCGCUCUCUGCUUCAGAUAAAAUGUUUCCAGCAGCUUUCAGUGGACUCCCACCUUCAGGACAGGAUACAACCACUAGUUUCCAGGAAGACACUUUUCAAAGCGGGACAAUGCACCGGCAGCAAUCUGUGGACACAAACUGAGUGGUUUCAUCUCCGGAUUCUCCCGUGCCCCAAGUCACGUUCAGAUUCCUCACUUUUAUUUUCACUAUUUGUCCUUGUUUUGAAUUCAGUGGAUAUUCUUUUGUCAUGUGUGGGUUUGGUAAAGUGGUAAUA